ACAAGCAUCUAGGUUAAUGAGUUUCUCUUUUGUACUUUGUGGCGCUUAAUUGAAACAAUGCUAAGAUUCCGACAUGCAUAUCCUGCACCACUGGUUAUUUUAACGCUCGUUAUUGUCUGACUAAUGUGCUUCAUGUAAAGUAAUAUCCUAAUACUUCUAGCAUUAUUUGCUAGCAUUAGCUAGAGCAGGUUCGUUAGCCAAAAAUAACACUAAGAAGUCCUUCUGGUUCUAUAUUGUAAUGGGAAUUCUUUCAGCAAAGAGACAGAAGAUGUUAGGCAAACACACUCCCGACAACCGCAACUAAUGGGAAUUAUCUGGCGCACUAACAGCAUUACUCAAGAUGGAGAAGGUUCUGGGAAAUAUCGUGUCUAUGGUGAAGCAGCACAAAGAUGGGAUCCCUCUGAAAAAGCUGGCUGUAUUAUACAGCCAGACAUACCACAAGAAGCUGACUUUAUCCACACUGGGCUUCGACUCCAUAAAUAGCCUGGUAGCCUCUCUGGACAGACAUCUGGUUGUGGAAGGGGAACUGGUGUUUCACAGGAACCAAUGUAGUGAAAGUCAGAGUGGAGCUGGAGAUGGAGCGGGUGCUGGAGCUUCUGCAAAAGCUGUGAGGGAGGAAGAGGUGUUCCAUAAAAUUCAUCAGCCUCAAAAUCAACCUGGAAUUGGAAUGUCAACAAAAGCUAAAAAGGGUACUAAUGUUGAGAGGGUUCUGGAACAUAUAGUGUCUAUGGUGAAGCAGCACAAAGAUGGGAUCCCUCUGAAAAAGCUGGCUAUAUUAUACAGCCAGACAUACCACAAGAACCUGACUUUAUCCACACUGGGCUUCGACUCCAUGAAUAACCUGGUAGCCUCUCUGGACAGACAUCUGGUUGUGGAAGGGGAACUGGUGUUUCACAGGCACCAAUGUAAUGAAAGCCAGAGUGGAGCUGGAGCUGGAACUUCAACAAAACCUGUGAUGGGUGACCAUAAGUCUCACCAGCCUCAAAAUCAACCCAGAGCUGGGACGUCAACAAAAGCUACAGAGGACAGUAAGCCUGCAACUCCACAGAGAACUGAAGCACUAGGUGAUAGGAGUGCCAUACCGACUGUUACCAUGCCACAGCUGGAUGCCAGUCCUCAGUGUGUGCCUCUCACUCAGGCAAGAAUUAGCUUUCCUUUGGCUUCUCCUACCUCUAUAGUUUCCACCCACUGUCUUCCUAUUAACCCACUGUUUGCACCCAAGCCAGCUGAACAGUUGACCCAACAGCUGCUGUACCAGAGGGUCAUAGAGGUGAUGAAGAAGCACCAGCUUACUGCUCCGUCAAUGGAACAGCUCCAAAACUUCUAUUUCCAGGAGUAUGAUGAACAGCUUCCUCUUGCACAGUACAUGUCUAUGUAUGACAGCUGGGAAGCAUCUCAUCUUCAGAAGCCUACUCAGUCUGAACCAGCUGCAAACAUUGCUGUAGUGCAGACAACUUCAGCAGAACUGAAUCUUAUAAGAGAGCCUGAAAAAGAACGGCAGCAACCAGCUAUCAGUUUCCUCUCUGACUCUGACUUUCCAGUGCUGGGGGCAAAUGAGAACUUGACUAGAGAGCGAAAGAAAAAAGUGAGAGAUGCACCCCAGAGUGACAGCAGUGCCCCUGUCUUUAGAGAUUGUUAUCAUGCCCAGCUGAGAGAGGUCCAUGGAGCUAAUAUGCGAGCAGUAGAGGCAAUGGAGGAGGACCAGGCUGAGCUCACGAGGAAGAGGACGAACAGGACUCUGGAUGUGGAUAGUGUCAACAGUCUGAUGGAGGAAGUGAGACGCGAAAUUGCUGCAGAGGGCAACCUGGUCACCAAAGAGAUGAUGAUAUCCAGGGUGUGUCUGCUCCUGCAGAUUCCCUCUUUGGAAUCUGCAAGGAUCAAUCCCCGGACGAUUUCAGCUCUAAAAGACCUUCAGUACAUAGUGAAAGAGAUCAACAUGUUCAUAGAGUCCACUGAAGCAGUGACAUCCAUCUGUACGCUUUAUGAGCUGGGCCAAUCACUGGCUGGCCUGAAGGACAAGAAGCACUAUGAAGAGCUGAACCUGGGGCCCCUCUGCAAGCUCCCCCUCAUCCACCGCAUGUUCAAGAUUGACAGUAACACCAAGGAUGAUGACAUCCACCAGAUUGGGACAAUAGACAUCUUAAAGCAACUUCGCAUUUUUCGAAGGCAGCAGAACAAACCAAAAGUAGACCUUGCUGAGUUUAUGAAGCAUCUGGCUGAUCACUACAACUGUGAGUCUCCCUAUGAGCUGGGCAUCAGGAUACACAGCCUUGGACUGCCCAUAUCAUCCUUAAUGAAAGUGAGUCGCUCUGAGCAUGCAGCUUUGGAACAAGCCAGGGAGAUCAUCCAGAAAGAGCUGGAGGAGGAGACCCAAGAACGACUGAGAAAGAUCAAGAAGAGCACGUUGGAGCCAGUGUACGGAGCAGGUUCCUUCUCCUCCACAGGCAGCUUGGACCUCAGGAAAAAGUAUGCUUCCAUGUCGGCAGCUGAGGUGGUGCUAGAAGUCUUCUCGAAUGCAGUGGGGGUGUUCAGUCCCAGGAUGGCCAAGCAUGUGCAGAGCUUCCUGCUGCAGGUGUCAGGUGACCGGCUGGCAAGGGCCCUGUUUCAGCUGGCCAUCUGUGGAGGCUCCCUGACUAUCCCGCAGGACCUAGUUCCCAAAAGCAAGGCUUCCAAAAGCACAGAGCAAACUAAGAAAGAGGACAAAUCCACCACAUCCCUGCCCAGUGAAGCCAAAGUGAAGCAGUACCUGAAAGACAACUUGUCCUCUCAGAUCUCAGCCAUCACUCUAGCUCAUAUUGCCUCUUUGGAGAGGAAGUUGACCAAACACUUCCAGGUCAACGAUUUCCUCUCAUUAGGGCAAGGCAGCUUCCUGGAGUUCCUCGUUAAACACAGUCAGCUGCUGCAAGACAUGCUGGGGUCCACUUUGUUUCUGGCCAGUGGCAGCAUGGAACUUGCAGGCAGUGGUUUCAGGCCCACCAGACAAGACGUGUUUGAGUUCAUUAAACAGUGUGGUGACGUGACCACCACUGAUCCAGAUGAACUCUUCCACAUCGAGUCAGCACUGAGGUCCCACUACAGGGUCCGGGACAGUCGUGACCUGGGCCAUGGCACUCUGCAAAUGUUGGCCGGCCUGGUCCAGCGCCAGAGAAGCCUGGCUGGAGGAGGACUGAGCCAGAUCUACUAUGAAUCAGCCCUUUUUGCCAAACAUGGCAAAACGAGUGCUGAAGGUGGGUGUGAGGCAGUGGGAUGCCUGGGUGAGAUGUCCAAGGCCCAGGCUCUGGCCAGCUUGCUCUCCUGUCCUCUGCUGGAGAAUUUAAAUGAUUGGAGCCAAUGGGAGCUGAUCUUUAAACCCUUUCAUGGCUCUCUCAAAGAUUUUAUCGAAAGAAAUGCAGCUAAUACAGACCUAGCAGCGUUGGAGGUGACACCAGGUUUGCUGCUCAGGAUCACCACACACACAGGAGACAAGCAUUUUUCUGGUGCUGCCAGUGCCCUUGACCCUGUCGGUACAGCUGGCCACCUUGUGUCCAUGGUGGUCGCUGAUGGGAUCGCCAAUGCUCCCACAGCCCUCCUGGCCAAUCACAUGCACACCUCCCUGGCAGCAGCUGUAGCUAAAGAAGAUUUCUCCCAGGCUGAAGAUGAGGUGUCAUGUUACAGCAGAGUGGCCAAAUUCCUCUUAGCGUGCUUGACAAGAAUCCCCAGCAAAACCUGCUUGGCUCUUUGGCAGCCGGUGUUUUUGGAGCCUUUCUCCCGUGUCUUGGGCCAGGCCAAGUCCAAACAGGUCCUAAUUACUGUGGCCCAGUCUGACCUGAGGCACAUGAACUGUCUGCAUCGGCUGGGCAUCCUCCUGGGCAUCACAGACUGGGUCAAAGACUACCAGAAAAAGCUGAACCCACCACAGAGCCAAAACUACAGCCCAUACACAGCUCCUGUGGAACAGACCAAGUCUAAUUUGAUAGACUCUGAGAGCAGCAGUCUGUCAGCUCUGACAAUGAGUGAAGAUGAAUUUCUUGAAGAUAACAUCAUGGAAAACAGCUUUGUCUCCUCCCACAUCAGCCAGAACAUAGAACAAGUCAAUGAUGAGGAAGACUUAAAGAAUGAGGAGGAAGAGGAUGGAGAGGAGCUGUAUGAGUUGGCCUCGCUCCCCAAUGGAGUGAUAUCAGAUGUCAGCAGUGAAGCUGAAGGAGGCCAGGAUGAAGAACAGUCAGAAAUGUUUGAUUCUAAUGAGAAGGAUGCUGCCAGCUGCCAAUCAGAGACCACACUUGAUCUCCAAAGAGCCUUAAUUGAGGACAUCAGGAAGAGUGAGUUUGGUAUUGGUGUGGAAUUGACUGCUGAAGGUCAGAAGCUGAUGCAGGUUCACCAGGACAGGCUGGGCCGCAGCUUGGAACGCCUGUCCACUGAGCUGUACAGCAAAGACACACACUUUGUCCUGGAACUCAUUCAGAAUGCUGAUGACAAUAGUUAUCUAGCAGAGGAUGGGGUCAUUCCAGCACUGGCCUUUGUGGUGGAGCGAGACUGCAUCACCAUUCUCAACAAUGAGACCGGCUUUCAGGAUAAGAACAUCAGGGCCAUCUGCGAUGUGGGUUGCAGCACUAAGGGCAAACACAAAUAUGGCUACAUAGGACAAAAGGGAAUUGGUUUCAAGUCGGUGUUUAAAGUCACAGACUGUCCUGAGAUUCACUCCAAUGGCUUCCACUUGCGCUUUGACAAGACUUGUGGCCCUAUGGGAUACAUACUCCCUCACUGGGCUGAGGAUGAGAGGCUUCUGGAUGCACGGCUGAAGGACAUAAAUCAGACUAGCUGGACCACUAAGAUCUGCCUCCCUCUGCGCUCAGGGAACCAUCAGACCAGAAACCUGUUUCAUGACGUCCACCCCUCCCUGCUGCUUUUUCUGCACCGUUUGCGCUCCAUUACCAUCUAUAACCAGAGUGAGAAUCGUCUUGUGACAAUGACUCGCAAAGACCUGAGUCACAAUGUAUUAGAGGUGGAGCACACAGAGGGCACUGAGCGCUGGCUUGUGGUCAAAACUACACUGCAGCCCAAGAAGAUCAAAGAGGAUGUUGAAUCAACUGAGCUUGCCCUGGCUUUCCAGCUUGGCACUGGCAACACAGAAAGUGAUAUCAUAUGCCAGCCUCAGAAACAGCCUGUGUUCGCCUUCCUUCCCCUUCGUAGUUUCGGCUUUCGUUUCAUUAUCCAAGGGGACUUUGACAUCCCGUCAUCUCGUGAAGAUGUUGACAGAGACAGCUCCUGGAACCAGUGGCUUCGGUCUGAGAUACCACAGCUUUUCCUCCAGGCCAUGGAUGUCUUUACUGAGCACCCAGAGUUCAAGGGGCUGAAGGGUCUUUGCCAAUUCCUGCAAUUCAUCCCCUUGCCUGAUGAGUUGUUAGACUUCUUCAAGCCUGUUGCUGGGCAGAUUAUUCAGCUGCUCAAAGGCAAAGCCUUCCUGCCUACACUCAGCUCAGAUGGUAAAGUUGUGCACAAGAUGCCGUCCCAAGUGGCCGUCUGUCAGGACACUGUGAUCCGCGACGUGAUUGGUGGAGAUGAGCUCGAAAGGCAUUUGUCUCUGUCCUACCUUCAUCCAGGCUUAAGCCCUGUCCCACCCACCUCCCUGCUCACUCACCUGGGAGUCCGAUACCUGCGGGGAUCAGAUGUUACCACGGUAACCACAGCCAUGGCCAAAGAGCUGAUGAGGGUGCAAGGCAUCCAUUCAGAUGGUGGUCUGCAUCAGCUGGCCCGUUUGCUGGUUUGCAACUUCCGAGCUCUGGAGCAUGGCUAUGGAGAGGCAGACUUUAUCUUACAGACCCUCAGGGAUCUACCCAUAAUCCCGCUGGCUGAUGGCCGUGUGGUGGCACUAAAUGGAGAGGGAGUCUUCUUUCCAAUGGAAGAAACGAAGCCCAAGAAAAAAAAAGCUCAAGCUCAGACUGGACCUCUGUCUGCGCUGUACAAGGAUGUAAAUGUAGUUCACCCCUCUCUGCUGAGCUGUGUGGAGCCUCUGGAAAGUCAGCAGGUUCGAGAGCUGCUAAAAAGACUUGGAGUCCAUGAACUGGAGCCUCAAGAGCUGUUGGAGCAGCACAUCUACCCCUCAAUAUGCAGCAACAAAUGGAAGUCAAAGCCCGAGGCCGUGGUAGUGAGUUACUUGGUUUUCAUCAAGCAGCACUCGGCCUCCAGUCAGGAGUAUUCAGACACUCUAGUACCUGUCCUCACCAACAAGGGUCUUCUGUGCCCAGGCCAGGACAAGGUGCACUUCUCUGAGGAGUACGAUAACAUCAACCUGCCAAAGAAACUGCCUGGCUGUGACUGGAUCUUACUGAGUCCCUGCUAUGUGCAGACAGAUGGAGAUGUAGCAGGAUGGAGAGAGCUCUUCAGCAGACUGGGAGUCAGAGAUGGUCUCAUCAUUCGCAAAGAGAGACAAACUCUGACUGCUCAAGAACUGGCGUCCAGCCCCUGGUCAGUUGAAAGUGCAAAGUGGCACCAAAACCCUGCAGAGGCCUGUGUGAUUGAUGACUACCCCUGCGAAGAGUUUCAUGCCCUGGCCACAGCCCAGCUGCCAGGCCCCCUCCUCCUGCAGCAGAGAAUGGCCUUACUGGAGCUGCUGGAGUCCAACUGGGACACUGGACAUCGCUACACUCAGUACCUCACAGCCCAGGUGACUGAUAGUGAUGGACAACCAGUCAAAAACACCAAGUCCUCCUUCUUUCACCUUCUCUGUCAUCUUGAAUGGGUGCCAGCCUAUCGGCCACUAGAAGGAGAGCAGCCAGAGAGAAAGUACCUCUGUCCAGGCUCAGUUUACCUGAACUCCCCUGAGGUCUCCAGCCUGCUGGGGACUCAUGUCGAUUAUGUGGACAUAGACCCCAGCGAGUUCACCAGAGCUCUAGGAAUGAGACAUAGUAUCUCAGUGGAAGCUCUGAUUAACUACCUGAAGGAGUGGUGUGUCAAACCAGAAGCAGAUGACCAGGAGCAGAGGCGACAUGAGGACGAGUCAGAGGGUGCCGAUUUCACUUCUACAGUUCAGCACAUCCACAAUGUCUACACCUAUCUGCAUACACACUGUCCCCAGAGCAGCCUGAAGGCGCUGUUCCAGCAUACCCCUGCUGUAUUCAUAGAGUACAACAGGCGUAAUGACAAGUGGUGUUCAGGACGCUUCUACCACCUGAAGGAGGUGUGCUGGAGUGAUCCGACAGCCAUGUUCCAGCGCUACAAACAACUGACCCACGCACCAGACAGCCCCAUCCUGGAACCCAAAGUCCUGGCUCCCUUCUACAGUCCGCUGGAUGGCAUGAGAGACUUCUUCAUCCGAUUGCUGAAUGUGGAACGCAGCCCAAAUAUGAAUCAGUAUGUCGGUUUGUUGGAACUGAUCUGUUCAUCAUCUCCCAUACCAACUGCUGAAGUGCUACAGGAUGUGUCAGUGCUCUAUGCCAGACUUGCUCAAAAGUGUAAAAUUCCACUAACUGGAGACCAGGAAAACAUCCCUCAGUUCGAACUCAAUUCUGCUUACUGUUCCACAUUGAAAGGUAUGGUAUCUGAUAAGAGGGUCUUCCCCACCAAGGAUAACACCUGGGUGAGUCUGGCUCGUAAACCCAUGAUUUCUGACAGCAAAGAGCUGGACAAGAUCUUCAAACCUCACAAGCAGGUGUGUCUGCUCAACCUGCCACCAGCAGAGAAGAAGACUGUUCCCAAGAGCAAGGCUGGGAGCUCAGGUCGCAAAGUCCCAGGAGACUGGGCUAACACGGAACCUGCCUUCAGAGAGGAGGACCGAGCUUUGUUUCUAGAGAUCUGCGGUAUCCGUCAGCUGUCCGAUUGUGUCAAGACUGCGCCUCAGACUGAGAGCCUGAGGCCCUGUCCGUCUAUGCAGGCCAUGGUGCGCUCAUUGAUCCCCUAUAUCCAGAGGUUCCUCUACCACCACGACAAGCUGGCUGAUGUCUACACAGACUUGAUUGACAACAACAUAAGAGAGAAAGUCAAGCGACUUUACUUUGCACAGGUAGGUAAGCUGUACAUCCGCUACCAGCUGGAUGUUGCCGACAGUGAUGAAGCUGUGGUGGAGGUGCAGGACGUCAUCUGUCUGCUCAAGGACGAGAAAGAGCUCUACAUCCAGAAAGAUCACCUUUCAGCCAAACUGGAAAUCUGCAGGGAGCUGGUGAAGCUGUUCUGCACAGAGAGCAACCACAGGAAAGAGCUGAUGACUUUCCUGAGUUUCCUGAUAGGCUCACUCAGUGACCCAGGAGCUCUGAAGAGAUUCUUGAACAAAGAGGACAUCAGAGAGCUGCCCGGUGACGAGGAGCAGUGGGAGGUCCCAGAGCCUCCCAAACCGGAGAUUAUCCAGGAGAGAGUGCUAUCAAGGAGUUUCUCCAGCAUCAGCUCCUCAGAGGAGCAACCUCGCCCUGCACAAGAGGAUGGCGAACAGACACUGGUUUGCUGGCCUCCUCGAGCAUCUAUACUGAAUACAGGAGGCAGUCGUGCAGGCCAUCCAGAUGGGGGCGUAGUUGAAGCUGUCAUGAAGAUGUGGCCGCCUCCUGCUCCACCUAAAGACAGAGACCCAGAGAAAGAGGUCACCCCCAAAGGCGGCAGCCAUGUCCUCCCCCCAAAUCCCAGCAGUCAUGAAGGAAACCAGCCACUCAAGAAUAGCAGCAGCAGCAGGCCUCCAGAGCAGCCUGUCCCUCAGAAGGUCCUCAGUCACCCAGGGAAGCCUAACCUUGCUGCAGUGACCACCAACAUCAACACCACCCCACAGCCUCCAGAGCUCAGUCAACAGAGUGAGACUGCUGAGUCUGACAGAGCUGUGAAGGAAGAGGAAAGCCUCACAGCUCCGAGACCAAAACAGAGUGAUCCAUCUGCCAAGCCUGCUGAGACAGCCAGUGACCGGGCCGCUCCAAACAGCCUCAUCACCCCUGAGGCUGUAGUGCUUCCCAGUACGUUUCAGGGGACUACAGCUUCUGCAGAGACUCAGCGUCCCCCUCUGAGCCUAGACUUCCCUCUCAGGAAGCCUCCACAGGCCACACUGGAGGACAUGGAGCUCACCUGCCAGAAACCUACCACUGUGACGUUAUCUGAUGACCCAAUGGACGUGGCAGCGAUUGGUGAGUGGGGGGAACAACUGGUCAACUCUUUCCUGUGCCACUGGAGAGACAGUGAUCAUCCCGCACGGCCCACACAGUUCCUGUGGUGCAAUCAGAGUGGAGAAAGCGGCCAGCCCUAUGACUUCAAACUCACCUUUGGACCAGGAGGAGGGCUGGGGGUGGUGUACGUGGAAGUGAAGUCAACAAAAAAGAAGGAGCGGUCAUUUAUCCACCUCUCUGUCAAUGAGCUGGACUUUGCACUGAAAGAGAAAGAGCGCUACCACAUAUACCGAGUGUAUAGCGCAGGAGAUGCUCUGAACGUGCGCCUGUGUCGCAUUCAGAACCUGGCACAGCAUCUCCACACCAAAGACCUGGAACUCUAUUUGUUUGUCUAAGGCCUUUUGAAGUCUAUAAUAUUUGCACUACACAUUUAACCUUUCCAAGUUUAUCCUGCCCUGAUCAUAGUCCUUUUAACUGAGUCUGUGAUACUGCCUACUGAAGAAUGUUGCACAUUCCUUUCUCAUAAUUGCUUAUUAUUUUAUUGCUAACAAACUACACACAGUUGUGUGCUUUUUUUAAAUCUGUUAUAAAAGUGGUCAGUGGACAUACUGUAUGUUUUAACCCUUUUCUAUUUCCCUUACCUUAUAUUUACUUUUCCACUCCUUCAAAAUAAAAUUUGAUGACGUG